UGAAUAAAGUCCAACUAGAACAGAAAACUUGGGUCUGAGAUUAGACGAAACCUGGCAGGUUGCCUUCGUAUGUCCAGUUUGAUCCCUAUCCCUGCGCCUUGUGUCCAUCCUCCAUCCGAGCGCAUUUCUCCAGGGUGACCAUCCCGAUCUCAGGCUGCAGAAAUGGACCUUCUUCACAGCUGGGGGGUGAACCUAGCUGUCCAUUUGCAGACAGAGUACCGGGACUAUGAGAAUCUGUUUCAGUGGGUGUCCUCGGCGGCGGAUCUCCACACCACGUUCUUUGUGUUUUUCCCCAUUUGGUUUCAUCUGCGUAGAGAUGUUGCCAUUAAACUCAUUUGGGUGGCCGUGAUUGGAGACUGGUUAAACCUCGUCCUGAAGUGGGUGCUUUUCGGUGAGAGGCCGUACUGGUGGGUGAAUGAGACUAAGUUUUACGGCCCUAUAAAACAUCCUGAACUGCAACAAUUCUCCAUCACUUGUGAAACUGGACCAGGGAGCCCGUCGGGUCAUGCCAUGGGUUCUGCAGGAGUUGGGUAUGUAAUGGUUACAGCAGUGCUUUCCAUUGUUGCUGAAAGAAAAAUACCUCCUUUAAGUUAUAGAUUUUUACAGUUGAUGCUCUGGAUGCUUCUGGGUUUGGUGGAGUUACUGGUGUGCAUGUCUAGAGUCUUUCUGGCAGCCCAUUUCCCACACCAAGUUAUCAGCGGAGUUAUUUCAGGUAUAAUUGUAGCAGAAACAUUCUCCAGAGUGCAGUGGAUCUACAACGCAAAUCUGAAAAAUUACUUCAGUGUCACGCUGUUCCUGCUCUUCUUCGCGGCGGGCUUCUAUGUGCUUCUGAAAGCUCUGGGUGUGGAUCUGCUCUGGACAUUGGCAAAGGCCCAGAAAUGGUGCGUCAGUCCAGACUGGGUCCUUAUGGACACCACCCCCUUUGCUAGCCUGUUGAGGAACAUGGGCACCCUGUUUGGUCUGGGACUUGGUCUUCACUUGUCACGCUACAAUGAAACGAGAAGCAAGAAACACAGCGGCGCCUCUUACAGGACAGGAUGUAUUGGUGUAUCAUUGGUGUUGCUGCAGCUCCUGGAUAAGAUGACGUUUUCCUCGAGCAACCAGUUACUUUUCUACCUUCUGUCAUUCGGCAAGUGUGCUGUAGCUUUGGUGCUUCCCACUGCUCUUGUUCCUGGAGCGAUAUCUUGGAUUUCACAAAAAAACAAGCAUGAAAAGGACAUGUAGUGCAAUAUUCGUGCAAAACUUUGGUGAAUGGUAAACCAUAGUGUUUGACUGAUACGGUUUUGCAUCGCAACCGACUUUCAAGGCAAAUGCAAUGGUUCGGCAAACAUUUUUGCUGGGCACUCUUUAGAAUAUACCUCAGAUGGCAUGUACAGGAUGGGUGGAUACAAAAUAUCAUUUAAACUCUUUUGAACUGUCCUGUGGUUUUAGUUUUUUGUAUAAAAAUGGUUCCAUUCUCAUCUACACUGAUAAGAAAUUUGGUAUAGGAACUAUUGUCACUCAGAAAUUGCUAGAAACAAUUACAAAGAAAUGGCACAUUGAAUAACACAUUGAAUUGAUGUGCAAUUUUUAAGCAGAAAAACUAAAAAUGUUAGGCUAUAAAAUGUGCUCCACCUUCUUGAUUUUUUUAGAAACUCUUAAGUAUGAAAGGUUGGUUUGCAUCAUGAGACAUUGAAUUGAAUUGUUGUCAGAGGAGAACUUUUCGAGAUGCAUCCUCUCGAAUGACUAUGAUGAAUUUAUGUGGCUGUAAUUAUCACUCAGAUCUUUCCAAGAUUAUUUCAAGUCUUCAUAUUCUGGCGCCUCCCUGCAUAUCUUGUUAUCUGUGAAUGGGUCUAAAGGAGGCUGGCCCAUUCACUAAGUAACUUUCAUUCAGAUCUUAUGUUCAAAGGUCCCUCAGUCAUGCUCUGUAGAUACAGUAUGGCUGUACAUUGUUCUUAUGACUGCUGUUAUAGGGAUCAUUCAUCUUAAAGUGAGUUAUUGCACCAUUUAACUAUAUCAUAUACUUGGAGCUAUACAUUAACGUCCUACCAAAACCUCGCUUUAGAUAAACAAAGAACAGAUUCUACACAUUAGAUCAAUUUACAAAUGGAUAUUUUUUU